GGUGCUGGCCACGUGACAGGCUGCCCCCCAAUCGCCGUCGAAGGGCGCUGUCGCCGUUGCUCCGCCCCCUCUUUCUCCUCGCCGCAUUGUGUGAAGGGAAGAGGAGCGGAGCGGUUGUGAGGCCGGAUCGGAUGAGAGCGGCCUCGAGGGGUCGGGGAGGAGGGGUGGGGGGAGAGGCCCGAAGGUAACCGUUUCCCUCAGAGAAGGGGAGAGAGAAAGGAAGCCGACGGCUGUGGAAGAAUUGAGGCGGAGGGGCGGCGGAUUGGACAGCGAAGGGCUGCGCUGACUUUGAAACUGAGGAGAUAACGGACGGGAAGUGGGGGGGGGGGGGGUCAACGGACGGGAGCACCGAUGGGCGAAGGAUGUUAAUCUGGGCUGGAAAGCUCCUGUUUUGCGAAGGGCAGAGGUAGCUUCUGAGGAGGGGAGCAGAGGCGGGAAAGCAGGCGUGUUCCGCUUUUCCCUCAGAGGAAGGGCUUGGCGGGUGGGGGAGGGGCGUCCGUCGCCAUCAUGGCCUUCGCCAACUACAGCAGCCUGCAGCGCGCUCAACUCACGUUCGACUAUCUGCAUACCAACUCAACCACACACGAAUUCUUGUUUGGAGCCCUUGCUGAGCUUGUAGAUAAUGCAAGAGACGCAAGUGCCACAAGGAUAGAUAUCUUUGCUGAGAAUCGUGAAGACCUUCGAGGUGGAUUCAUGCUGGGCUUUUUGGAUGAUGGAGCUGGAAUGGACCCAAAUGAUGCUGCAAGUGUGAUUCAAUUUGGCAAAUCUGCUAAACGGUCACCAGAAUCCACACAGAUUGGACAAUACGGAAAUGGCUUAAAAUCAGGUUCCAUGCGGAUCGGCAAGGAUUUCAUCCUCUUUACGAAGAAGGAAAACACCAUGACGUGUCUCUUCUUGUCUCGCACGUUUCACGAAGAGGAAGGCAUUGAUGAGGUGAUUGUUCCUCUGCCUACCUGGAAUGCCCGCACCAGAGAGCCUUUGACAGACAACAUGGAAAAGUUUUCCAUCGAGACUGAAUUGAUUUACAAGUAUUCUCCUUUCAAAUCGGAGCAGGAAGUGAUGCAACAGUUUGACAAGAUUUUUGGAGAGAAAGGGACUUUGGUGAUCGUCUUCAACCUCAAAUUGAUGGAUAAUGGUGAACCUGAGCUAGAUGUGACCUCUGAUCCCCGAGAUAUCCAGAUGGCUGAAACUCCACCUGAGGGAACGAAGCCAGAACGCCGUUCUUUCCGGGCAUAUGCUGCUGUGCUCUACAUUGAUCCCAGAAUGCGGAUCUUCAUCCACGGCCACAAAGUACAAACUAAACGCCUCUCCUGCUGCUUAUUCAAACCUAGGAUGUACAAGUAUACAUCCAAGCGCUUCAAGACUCGAGCGGAGCAAGAGGUGAAGAAAGCAGAGCACAUGGCUCGGAUUGCGGAAGAGAAGGCCAGAGAAGCAGAAAGCAAAGCCCGGGCUUUAGAGCUGCGGCUGGGAGGAGACCUUUCUAGGGAGUCCAGGGCUAUGCUGCGCCAGGCUCAAGACGUAGCAAUAACCAUACGGAGAGAGGCAGAUGUUAAAAAGAGGAUCAGGGAGGCAAAACAGCGAGCACUUAAAGAGCCAAAGGAACUGAACUUCAUUUUCGGGGUGAACAUAGAGCAACGCCAUCUGGACGGGAUGUUUGUCUACAAUUGCAGUCGGUUGAUUAAGAUGUAUGAGAAGGUGGGCCCACAGCUGGAAGGUGGCAUGGCCUGCGGAGGCGUGGUCGGGGUAGUGGAUGUCCCCUAUCUCGUUCUGGAACCGACGCACAACAAGCAGGAUUUUGCAGAUGCGAAAGAAUAUCGGCACUUGUUAAAAGCAAUGGGAGAGCACUUGGCUCAGUAUUGGAAGGAUAUUGAGAUCGCUCAGAAAGGCAUUAGCAAGUUUUGGGAUGAUUUCGGCUACCUAUCUGCAAACUGGAACCAGCCGCCAUCAAACGAAUUGCGUUACAAAAGGCGGAGAGCCAUGGAGAUCCCAACGACUAUUCAGUGCGAUGUGUGUUUGAAAUGGCGGACGCUCCCAUUCCAGCUCAGCUCUGUGGAGCAAGAAUACCCAGAUACCUGGAUGUGUGCCAUGAACCCCGAUCCUGAACAAGAUAGGUGUGAAGCUCUUGAGCAGAAGCAGAAGGUUCCCCUGAGCUUCUUGAGAAAGGAGAAAACACAGGAAGAUAAGCAGAAAGAGCUGACGGAGAAAAUUCGCCAGCAGCAGGAGAAACUGGAGGCCUUGCAGAAAACUACCCCAGUGCGUUCUCAUGCUGACCUGAAGAAACUGCCUCUGGAGGUCACCACGCAACCUGUGCUAGAGAACGCGGACCUAGGGGUCAAAUCCCAGCGGCCACGAUCUCCCCCGCUGCCAGAUGUGAUCAAGAAUGCUCCACGAAGGCCUCCAGUUCCUCCAUCUCCUUCCAGGCCCAUCAACUCUCAGAAGAAGGGCCCCCCACCCCGAAUAGCCAUCGGCUGCCCCAGACCACAGAACAUGGGGCACCAGGAAGAAUCCAACCUUUCCCGGUUACAGUAUCAUCUGGAAGGUCCUCGGAAAUGCUCCCCAUCCACCUUUGUAAGGCCCCUGUCCAGAUCUGCCUCUAUUGGAAAGAUGGCCCCCGAGCCUCUCCACGAUGCCAGAAGCCACCAGAGAUCCCCCAGCCCCAAACACUUAAAGGUGCUGCUUCCACCAAAGAAACCCGCCUUAAUCAAGGCUGCCCAGGCUUCCAGUUCCCGGAAGAGAGGCCUUAGCGCAUUGGAGGAUGAAAUGGAGGAGGAGGUUGGACUGAGAAAAGAGAAAAGGAAACCAGGCAAACUUGUGACAGUGAAGGAAGAGAAGAAAGACUCGAGUGAGGUGGUAGUUGAACUGACUGACAGUGCAGGAGAAGAGGAAUUAGCACACAUGAAAAGAGCACAGAAAGACAAAGGGCAGCACGUGGAGGUACGAGUGAACAAGGAGUGGUACACGGGCCGAAUUACAGCAGUCGAGGUGGGCAAACAGAUGGUCCGUUGGAAAGUGAAAUUUGACUACGUCCCAACCGAUGUUACCCCGAGAGAUCGAUGGGUGGAGAGAGGCAGUGAGGAUGUGAGGCUGAUGAGGCCCCCGUCUCCAGAACACCAAAGCCCAGAUACGCAGCAGCAGGAGGGGCAGCAGCAUCAGCAGACAAAUGGUCCUUCCGAACCUUCUACCUCCGAGUAUAGCCGAAUAGAGCCAGAUACUACUGGGCCCGGCAGCAGCCAAGAGAACGCGGACUUCUUAGCACAAUCCCUACGGAAUUGCUUGCGUUAUUUCUUGCCCCCCAAUUUCCCCAUCUCCAAGAAGGAUUUGACUUCCAUGAGCUCACAAGAGUUAGUGGCAUUCCCUUUGAAAGAGUAUUUUAAGCAGUACGAGGUGGGCCUGCAGAACUUGUGCAACUCCUAUCAGACCCGUGCAAAUGGUCAGAUCCAAGCCUGCGAGGAGAAAGUUCACAUCCUGGAGCAGAAGGUCAGAGAGACAAACGACAAGCUUCAGAAACUGAGGACGAACAUCGUUGCUCUACUGAAGAAAGUACAAGAAGAUAUUGAUUUCAAUUCAGAUGAUGAACUGGAUGCUUACAUCGAGGAUCUCAUUACCAGAGGAGAUUGACGAGCCCAGCUCCAGCAUCUGGGUGAAAUCAGAAAGGAACAUGGUUACUGUGUCCUCUGGGUCUCCGGUAGGUGUAGAGCAAGCAGCACAGACGGAUGGGCCAGAGCUGAAGCCGGAGUUUUAGAGACAUGUGUCCCUUGUAGAGUAUGUCAGUGUAGAACAUAUUCGUAUUUUUCUCUUUUAUAUAAUGAAAAUAGCCACUGUACUGUUAAGGUUUCUAACCUUGUUGUUUAUAAAUAUUUUAUAAAUAUAUAAAAAAAAAAACCUUAAAAACCCCAAAAAUAUAAUGGUUCAUGGAACAAGUUUUA